AGAAAGGCAUGGCAACCCACGCCAGUAUUCUUGCCUGAAGAGUCCUGUGGACAGAGGAGCCUGGGAGGCUGCAGUCCCUGGGGUCGCCAAGAGCUGGACUCGGCUGAAGGGGACUUAGAACAAACAGCACAAAACAGGAUAAGGAAACCUUACAGACACACGAAGCCUUCCACCAUCUGGAACUCAGAAACUCGACUGGGGAGGACUGUGGCUUCUGGACCGUCCAGGUGUUUCACAGAUGCGAGCAUUUGUCCCGCACUCGCCAGCUGGAGCCCUGAACAGCUGCACGGCCUGUGCUCCGGCUCACACAGCCCUGAACUGAGGGGUCGUUUCCCAAGUGGCCGAGAGCAGCUGCUGACACUGUGGUCUGACGGCCACACACUGCCCGCCGCCUCCCAGGGCUGGGCUGGAGAAAGCCUCCUUCGGGGCUGGAGUCUCCUGACUCUUGAAUUAGGAUUCCAGGUGGGGGCCUCGCUUCUGUAGCCCCCAACAUCCCUGUAGGCAUCCCCAUCACCCCCCUGUGUCUUCCCGGCAAACUCUCCCACCGCCUCACUCCACAGGCUCGGAAUCCUCCCCGAUCACCAUGGCCUGGCUUUCCCUAAAGGUCUUGUUGGUGGGGCUGAGUUUCCUGGGAUGUCUUUAUCCUCUUGUGGAUUUUAGCUUCAGUGGGGAAACAAGAGGCCAGAAACCGAAUUUCGUGAUCAUUUUGGCGGAUGACAUGGGAUGGGGUGACCUGGGAGCCAACUGGGCAGGCACGAAGGACACUGCCAACCUGGACAAGAUAGCUGCAGAAGGAAUGAGGUUUGUGGAUUUCCACGCGGCGGCCUCCACCUGCUCGCCCUCCCGGGCGGCCCUGCUCACCGGCCGGCUGGGCCUCCGCAACGGGGUCACUCACAACUUUGCGGUCACGUCCGUGGGGGGCCUUCCACUCAACGAGACCACGUUGGCCGAAGUGCUGCGGGGGGCUGGCUACGUCACGGGGAUGAUAGGGAAGUGGCAUCUUGGGCACCACGGCUCUCACCACCCCAGCUUCCGUGGCUUUGACUACUACUUUGGGGUCCCGUACAGCCACGAUAUGGGCUGCACUGACACCCCCGGCUACAACCACCCUCCCUGCCCGGCGUGUCCCCGGGGCGAUAGACCAUCCAGGAACCUUGAGCGAGACUGCUACUCUGACGUGGCCCUUCCUCUGUACGAAAACCUCAACAUCGUGGAGCAGCCCGUGAACUUGAGCGCCCUUGCACAGAAGUACGCCGAGAAGGCCACCCAGUUCAUCCAGCAGGCGAGCACCAGCGGGAGACCCUUCCUGCUGUACGUGGCCCUGGCCCACAUGCACGUGCCCCUGGCCAGGAUGCCGCCAUCAGCAGGAUCCAGGGGUCAAAGGCCAUAUAGCGCGAGCCUGCAGGAGAUGGACCACCUUGUGGGCCGGAUCAAGGACGCAGUUGACCUCGCGGGGAAAAACAACACGUUCCUCUGGUUUACAGGGGACAAUGGCCCGUGGGCUCAGAAGUGCGAGCUGGCCGGGAGUGUAGGGCCCUUCACCGGAUCGUGGCAAGCUCGUCAAGGGGGAAGUCCCGCCAAGCAGACCACCUGGGAAGGAGGGCACCGCGUCCCAGCCCUGGCUUACUGGCCCGGCAGGGUCCCCGUCAAUGCCACCAGCACAGCUCUGCUGAGCGUGCUGGACGUCUUCCCCACCGUGCUGGCCCUGGCCGGGGCCCCCCUGCCCCGAGGCCGAAGCUUUGAUGGUCUGGACGUCUCGCAGGUGCUGUUCGGCCGGGCGCAGAUGGGACACAGGGUGCUGUUCCACCCCAACAGCGGGGCUGCCGGAGAGGACGGAGCGCUUCAGACUGUCCGCCUGGAGCAGUACAAGGCCUUCUACGUCACCGGCGGAGCCCGAGCCUGCGACGGGAGCGUCGGCCCCGAGCGGCACCACGAGCGCCCCCUCAUCUUCGACCUGGAAGCUGACCGCGCCGAGGCCGCGCCCCUGGACCAGGGCGGCGCGGAGUACCGGGCGGUGCUGCCCAGGGUCGCGGCGGCUCUCGCCGGCGUCCUCGCCGACAUCGCCCGCGACCGCGUCUCGCGGGCGGAUUACAGCCAGGACCCUUCCGUGCGGCCCUGCUGCGACCCCCGCCGCCCCGCCUGCCGCUGCCGGGCCGCGUGAGGGACACACUGAGCCAGGACGCCGGCGCUUGCCCCCGGCGCUUGCCCCCGCCGCGGCCCCGCGCGCUCCGAAGACAAGGCCCCGAGCUGUUCCGCGGUCACCGCUCUGCGUCCCCGUCUGAGAGCGCACCGCGCCCGCGCUGUGAGCAAAGGCAGCGAGUCAGGAGUCAGACCAGCCUCUGAACUUGGGCGAUUAUGUAACCGGACUCGCAGAAGGACGCUGAAGGAGACCAGGAGAGACGUGAAGAUGCCUGCCUGGAACAGGACGUGACCCCGAGCAGCGCACAACGCGCUGCAGUUCCUUUUUCUUUUUUUAAAUGUACCCAGUUUUGCUGGUCCUUUGAUCGGAGGCCCGUGCCCUCUGGCGUCUGGAGCAGCCCCGCCCCGCCUUUCCUGCGCCCGCAGGCCACCUGGGAGCUUGUGACUGUGCUGAUUGCGACCAAGCAGCGGGGUGCGACCGGAGAUGCUCCGCGGCCGGGAGGCUCCCCUAGGGAUGCUGGGGCAGAGUGGACACCUGACGUAGGUCCGCUUGUCUCUGAGCGGAAGAGCCACAGAAGCAUCCCCACCUCCCUCCAUCCCUUCCACAGGCAAAUGUCUGUACUCUGUAGAUUUUAGGGAUUCUUCCUGCCUCCUCAAACCACAAAGUAAAAUUUUAA